AUGCAAUCCUUUGUGUUUAGAGUGUGGAGAGGCGAGCUGAGGAGACGUGAGCCUGCUGCUGGGCCAUGGCCUCCGACCUGGACUUCUCACCCCCUGAGGUGCCGGAACCCACCUUCCUGGAGAACCUGCUGCGUUACGGACUCUUCCUGGGGGCCAUCUUCCAGCUCAUCUGUGUGCUGGCCAUCAUCGUUCCCCUGCCCAAGUGCCACGAGGUGGACGGGGAGCCAGCAGCACCCCGGAGCGCCGAGGUGCCGAGGAAACCCAGGGCUGCAGCUCCCGCUGCCAGCAAGAGGCCUAAGAAGGAGACGAAGAAGAAGCGAUAAAGGGGGGCCUGCAUGGUGACCCCCCUGGACCCCGCACCCUUUUCUCUCUCUGCAUCCCAGAUCUGGCGGCCCAGACGUCGCCCACCCACAGAGCGACACGGCAAGGACGGUCCCCAGCUGGCUGGACCAUCACUUCUUCUUUGGCUUCCGUGAUCCCUCAGAGCGGGGGACUCAGGGAGAGUGGGGGGUCGCAGACCCUGUGAGCAGAGGCUGUCUCAGGGCCUCCAGAGCAACACUUUCUCUCUUACUCAUCAUGCCCAGCCCUCGUCACCCACCUCAGGCCCGAGUCCUUGUCCCCUGCUGUCGGGCACGCCCACUCUCUUCUUCGACUGCCCACGGGGGCUGGCAGCACCAUGCCUAUUUGCAGGGCCCAGGACAUCUGGGCCACAGCCAUGUUCGGGGUCCCCUGCGCACCACAGCCUGGUCUAGAGGCUGGUGGGAGGCGCUCAGCUGGGUGAGCGCAGGCUUCCUCUGCCCCGGAUCCGGAUCCGAGAGUGUCUGAGAUGGGAGAACCGAUCAGUCUUAUGCCAUCCUCUCCACCUGCCGGCACCUGUUCUGGCUGUGCCUUUUGGCCUGUCUGUCACUCCCAGUGUUCUCACCCCCUGACUGCCGAGACUUGUCAAGGAGUGAAGGUCAAUAAAGUGGCCUCGUGCUGACCUCUCA